AUGACAGAUAAACAUACCAUCCCAAUAAACGACGAUGAUGAUGACGAUGAUAUGGAUAUCGAAAUUGACUCAAAUUCCCUGCACAAAAAUUCCUCUCCCAAUCCUCAAUCUCCCCAAAUCCAACAGAAAAAUAUCAAAAAACACAAUUUCUUCUUCUCAUCGGCCUCAAACCAAAUUUCAGCCUCAAUUCCAAAAAUUAAAGACAACGACAACGACAACGACAACAACAACAAUAACAACAAUAACAACAACACUCCAACCGAUAUUGAAAUCGAAAUGGACUCAAACACAUCCCAUGACAAACAGACAAAACAAAAAAAGAAAAAAAAAAGAAAAUCAAUCUUCAGAAACUCCUCCUCUUCUUCCUCUUCCUCUCCUAUUUCAAACAAAAUCCAAAUUUCUUCCUCUUCUCUCUCAAAUUCUCCAAACUCUUCACCAACCAAUUGCCUCACUAAUGACGACGAUCAGAAAAAGAAAUCUAGAAAUAUCUUUUCAAGAAAAAUAAAAUCAAAAAAAAUCGAUAAAAAGAUUAAAUUGAAUUUUAAUCCAUCCGUAAAUUCAACAACAAGUGGGAGUCCCCUAUCUAAUUCCAACUCAAACUCCAAUUCCAAUUCCAACUCCAACUCAAAUAAACUUCAAAAGAAUUCACCACUCUCUGAAGACCAAAAAAAACAUAAUGAAAAACAUAAUGACUUUGACACUUCUAUAACUCUUCCCAAUAUUGAUCUACACAACAUCGAAAAAUAUAGCCACUAUUCCGAAGAUACUAUAAUUAAAUUCAUAAACCUAAACGCUGAAAGAGAAAGAACUAAACAAGAAAAAUUUAAAGCAAAGACUGCAAAACUACUAAAAGAAGUCCUAAACAUUGCAAUCUCAAAUAACAUCCCAUCCUCUUCAAUCCCAAUCAUCUUCUCAAAUUUAGUACCAUCAUCCCCAGUAAAAUCUCCUUUGAAAUCUUCUCCUCUACAAAAAAAUGUAUCCUUUUCUCCCAACCUUACAAAUAUUCAUCCCACAACAAUACAGCUUCCAACACAACAGCAACAGAAACUGCAACUAAAAAUUCAGGAACAGCAGCAACAGCAGCAACAACAGCAGCAGCUUCAACUUCCACCUCCUUUAUUUCCUCAAGUGCAACCACAAUCACAACCUCAGCAAUUUUCACAACCCCAGCAAUUUUCACAGCCUCAACAGCAGCUAUCUCUGCAAUUGAAAACUACUACCACUUCUUCUUCAUCUUCCUCAUCUUUUAAUGCAAGUAUUCAAGCUGGUAUUCAAAAAUUCAAAAACCAAUUGAAAGUAAGGUCAAGACCUAAAAAUAAAAGUCUUUCUUCUCUCCCAUCUCUGUCUUCUAUGGCCUCUUCAAUGCAAUCAUUUUCAAACAAGCCACCAAGAUCUUCCACCUCAGUUUUCAAAGUUGAACUACCUCAACAAAUAAAAUAUGAAUUCCACCACUGGAAAAAUCCUGAUGACAAACAAAAAAAGAAAAAAGCCUCUGAUAAACACAAAUCUUCUCAGUCUACAUCUUCCAAUGUUACUCUUCAACAAACUGCCUCUUCAUCUGCAGAAACUUCUCAGGCACCUUCAGCCUCAAAUCCUCUAUUUGCUGUACCAGCUUCUAAAUCGGUUAGCACUUUUAGAAAAUUUUCCCAUUUAAGAAAACAUUCAACCUCUGUGACUUCUGAAAUUUCACCUUCUUCUUCAAAAUUCCAAAGAAAACUACCUACUUCUUCAACCUUUUCAGUUAUACCUUAUGAUCCUUCAAAGGAAUAUGACUCUGGAUCUAAAGGCAAAAAAACUCCGAUUCCUUCUCCCAAAACUGAAAGCAGAAAGUCUCAUUCAAAUGUUUCCGAAAUUUCAACUCCAUCAUUAUUAUCACCAAGCACCGUUACUCCAAGCCAUCCAAAUCCCACAAAUGUUCAGCAUCUUCCAAUGUCUCCUUUGAAAACACCACUGCAGGUAGACCAACCGCAAAUUCCUUCGCCAUAUAGCUCGAAUUUAUUGAGUUUUAGACCUAUUCCGCUGAGAACACAGCAUAUUCAGCAUAUUCAGCAAAUACAACAGUCAUUUUCACAACAACGUCAAAGCCAGUCAGAGUUCUUAUUCCCUUCCCAACCAGCACAGUCUCAAAUCCAGCAGCAACAGCAAAUUCCUCAAUUUUCACUUCACUCUCGGUCAAAUUCUCAAAAUUUUCCAUCAUUUAAUGUAAGGGCCCAAAAUCUACCCCCAAGUUAUCAACAAACACCACCACCACCACCACCACCACAGCAGCAGCAAUCACAACAGGUUCGUCUUCAAGCACCAUAUAAUACAGGCGCUACACCAUAUGGGCAGUCUCAAAAAUAUUACCAAGGCAGUCCUCUUCAAUUUGAGCACAAUGCACAUUUAAGUUAUGGGAGUUUUUUAGAUUCUCAAUCUCAACCUCAACCUCAACCUCAACCUCAACCUCAAUCUCAAUCUCAAUCUCAGAUUCCAAUUCAACGAACAAGUUCUCAAACUUCUAAUUUACAAACAUCUCAGAAUCGUCGACAAGAUGUGGGAUCACAGCAACCUUCAGUGAGCCCUUCAAAAAAACAACCAUCAAAAAGUGAUAUUAAAUACAUGUUAACUGAAGAGCCAAAAGAUAAAAACUGA